UCCUCGAAUUCUCCCAAAAAAUGGGAAUGGCAUGCUCAGAGUCUACCAAAUUCGUCUGAGAAGCUGUAUUACUCGUGCCUACACUCGUACAUACUACAUACGUGCAGCUGCCCAACUAUAUUCUACUUUACAAAAGAAAAAUAUCCCACCCACAUUCAAAACAAUCAACCACAAGCGCCGAAUUUCUCUCCGAGUUUUAUGAAUGGAAGGCGGAGAAUCCACUCCCUUCUAUCACAGAAAUUUCACUCCUUCCAAUCACAGUCACAAUCACAAUCAUAAUCCCAUUAGCAAUCCCAAUAACAAUGACAAUAAGCUGAAUCCUUCAACAAAUGCUGUGUACAGAGCAGGAUGUGAGAGAACCAUGGUGAGCCUGGAGCAGCCUAUCAGCAUUUCCAAUAACAAUACCAAUACCCACAAUGAUAACGCCUCUUCCCCUUCCCCUCUCUACUCAGAAUGCAAAAUUUCAAGUGCAAUGUUUGGUCACUCAGUUAGCGAAAGAGCAGGCAUAGGAAUUGGAAUGGCUGGGCCAGAUAGCUUCAAGAGAAAGAGAGGGAGGCCUCGAAAGUAUGGCACCACUGGUGAUGGAUUUGGAACAAUGGGUCUUCCAUCGUCACCAAUUUCACCAGAUAAGAGAGGAGUUGGAUCUGGUAAAAAAGCUCAGAUGCUGGCUCUUGGGAGUGCGGGGCAGGGAUUCACUGCACAUGUCAUUACAAUUGCAACAGGAGAAGAUGUGUGCAAGAAAAUUAUGGCUUUUAUGCAACAUGGGCCAUGGGCAGUUUGUGUACUUUCUGCAAAUGGAGCCAUAUCUAAUGCAACUCUUCGCCAACCAUCUGUGUCAGGAGGCAUUGUAACAUAUGAGGGACGGUUUGAGAUUCUAUCAUUAUCAGGCUCCUUUCUACUAACUGAAGUGGGAGGAACCCGCACAAGAACUGGUGGCCUAAGUGUUUCUUUAGCUGGUUCUGAUGGACGUGUUGUUGGGGGUGGAGUGGGAGGCCUUCUCACAGCAGCAACCCCUGUUCAGGUAGUAGUCGGUACCUUCUUAUUUGACAGCAAGGACCUAGUAUGUAUUGGAAAUGAUGAACCAUCAAUGGGCACUUCAUCAGCUUGUAUGCCAGGGGUUUCUCCUUCCCCUUCUCUUGUUGUCAUGCAACCUAGGGUUGAAGUCUGUGGUGGCAGUAAUCUGGUCAAGAGUUGCCAUGAGCAAAAUGCUGGAAGUGGUAGUUACAAUGUGCAAUCUCAAGUUUUAAAUAUGACACCCCUGCAAUCAAUGGACUGGCCAAGUCCCCACUUCGAAGCUGAAACAAAGAGUGACAGAGGUGUAGUGUUGGCAGGAAGAGGAAAAUCCAUGGACCAGGUUGAUGGAACUCAAUCUAUCCAAAGAGAUGAAGAAUGAAGACCAGAAUUUUACAUUUGAAUACUAGCAUUCUUGAGAUAAUGUUUCAUACACAUGAUCUUGUGGUGUGGUUGUUAACACAACAAGAAUAGAGUCUCUUAUCACAGAGAAGUUUUUGUCACUUUCCGAUUUAUUGACAUUUUCCAUUUUGUGCAAUUUAUACUAGUUUUGUUACCUGUUUUCAAUUCAUGGGAAUCAUCUCCUUCCCAUUUGAGAAGUGUUGCAUUAGAUUCAGAUUUCCAGCAGUGAUGCCCUGAUAUUAUAUACUCCUUUGUGCAAUUUAGCUUGUGUAGAUUUUGGCUAGAUACACGAGAUUAUUUAUUGUAAUUCAGUUCUAGGCAUAUGUCAAGAAUAAAUGUUGAAGAUCUAAUUCUCCUGAAAAACCUUCUUAUGCAGCAAUAUAUGUCUUUUUGUCA